AUGGAGAAGAUGGCCAGGGUCAGCACGGCCCUGGGGGGCAACGCCCUGACGGGCAGGACCAUGUUCUGCCACCUGGACGCCCCUGCCAACGCCAUCAGCGUCUGCCGCGACGCCGCCCAGGUGGUGGUGGCUGGGCGCAACAUCUUCAAGAUCUACUCCAUCGAGGAGGAGCAGUUCGUGGAGAAGCUGAACCUGCGGGUGGGCCGCAAGCCCUCCCUCAACUUCAGCUGCGCCGACGUGGUGUGGCACCAGAUGGACGAGAACCUGCUGGCCACUGCUGCCACCAACGGCGUGGUGGUCACCUGGAACCUGGGCAAGCCUUCCCGCAACAAGCAGGACCAGCUCUUCACCGAGCACAAGCGGACAGUCAACAAGGUCUGCUUCCACCCCACCGAGGUCUACAUGCUGCUCAGUGGCUCCCAGGAUGGCUACAUGAAGUGCUUCGACCUGCGCAAGAAGGACUCCGUCAGCACCUUCUCUGGCCAGUCGGAGAGCGUCCGUGACGUGCAGUUCAGCAUCAGAGACUACUUCACCUUCGCUGCCACCUUCGAGAAUGGCAACGUGCAGCUGUGGGACAUCCGCCGGCCCGACCGCUACGAGAGGAUGUUCACCGCCCACAACGGACCUGUCUUCUGCUGUGACUGGCACCCAGAGGACAGGGGCUGGCUGGCCACGGGUGGCCGGGACAAGAUGGUGAAGGUGUGGGACAUGAACACGACGCGGGCCAAGGAGAUCUACUGCGUGCAGACCAUCGCCUCGGUGGCGCGGGUGAAGUGGCGGCCGGAGUGCAAGCACCACCUGGCCACCUGCUCCAUGAUGGUGGACCACAACAUCUACGUGUGGGACGUGCGCCGGCCCUUCAUCCCCUCUGCCAUGUUCGAGGAGCACAAGGACGUCACCACUGGCAUCGUCUGGCGCCACCUGCACGACCCCUACUUCCUGCUGUCGGGUUCCAAGGACAGCACCCUCUACCAGCACAUCUUCAAGGACGCCAGCCAGCCCAUCGAGCGCGCCAACCCCGAGGGGCUCUGCUACAGCCUCUACGGGGACCUGGCCUUCGCCGCCAAGGAGAGCUUGGUCUGCGCCGACUCCAACCGCAAGCCCUACCCAGGCGACCGGCGCCACCCCAUCUUCUUCAAGCGCAAGCUGGACCCCACCGAGCAGUUCGAGUUCAUCUCCUCCUCCAGCGCCCUCAGCGUCUUCGAGAGCGAGGUAGAGAGCAGCAGCAUGGACUGGUUCGUGCACACCGCCAAGCAGUACGCCCUGGCCGGCCGGCCCCUGCCCGACCUCUGUGACCACAACGCCAAGGUGGCCAAGGGCCUGGAACGCAACCAGGUGGCUCAAACGUGGACAAUGCUGCGGAUUAUCUACUCCAGCUUGGGCACUGUGUCCUCCACCAACCUCAACCACAGCAUGGGCAAGGGCAGCACCACCCUCCCACUCAUGAACAGCUUCAACCUGAAGGACAUCCCCUCGGGGCUGGGCAGCGACUCCAGGCUGGACCGCAGCAAAGGAGAGAGCCGCACGGAGAACAUCCUGAUGGAUUCCUCCUCCACCCUGAUCAACAACGAGGACAACGAGGAGACAGAGGGCAGCGACGUCCCUGCAGACUACCUGCUGGGGGACGUGGAGGCAGAUGAGGACGAGCUGUACAUGAUGGACCAUGAGAACCCCCACGCCGAGGAGCAGGAGUACAGCCUGCCCCAGGAGGCCUUCCCCCUGCGCCACGAGAUCGUGGACAACCCCUCGGCCCUGGACCACCUGCAGGACAAGGCCGACUCGCCCCACGUCAGCGGCAAUGAGGCCGAGACGGUGUCGCUGACCCCCGUGGAGUCCUUCUCGCUCAUCUCCAUCUCCCACUCGCUGUACGAGAACCGCCUGCCCCCCGACUUCUUCAGCCCCAUCGUGCGCGACACGCUGCGCUUCUACGCCGAGCAGGGCGACGUGCAGACCGCCGUGUCCGUGCUGGUGGUGCUGGGGGACCGCAUCCGCAGGGAGAUCGAUGACCAGACGCAGGAGCAUUGGUACACAUCCUACAUCGACCUGCUGCAGCGCUUCCAGCUCUGGAACAUCUCCAAUGAGGUGAUCAAGCUGAGCACCUGCCGUGCUAUCAACUGCCUCAACCAGGCCUCCACCACCCUGCACAUCAACUGCAGCAACUGCAAGAGGCCCAUGAGCAACCGGGGCUGGAUCUGUGACAGGUGUCGGCAGUGUGCCAGCAUGUGUGCCGUCUGUCACCACGUGGUGAAGGGGCUCUUUGUCUGGUGCCAGGGCUGCAGCCACGGGGGCCAUCUCCAGCACAUCAUGAAGUGGCUGGAGACCAGCUCCCACUGCCCUGCUGGCUGCGGCCACCUCUGCGAGUACACCUGAGCCCCUCGGCAGCCGGGAGGCAGCCC